CAAACACAACUGAGACACAGCCAUGUUCUUGCUUGUCAGCUGUUUCGCUCUUGUGGUGUCUGCACUGGGGUGUGGAGUUCCUGCUAUCAGACCCCAAGUGUCCGGAUACAACAAGAUUGUGAACGGAGAAACUGCUGUAUCUGGGUCUUGGCCCUGGCAGGUUUCACUUCAGGAUGGCAGGGGAUUCCACUUCUGUGGAGGAUCCCUGAUCAACCAGUACUGGGUUGUCACUGCUGCUCACUGCCGUGUGUCUCCUAGAAGCCACCGUGUCAUCCUGGGAGAGCAUGAUCGUCAGUACAACAGCGAGCAAAUUCAGGUCAAGUCUAUUUCCAGGGCCAUCACUCACCCCUACUACAACACUCAGAACUUCAACAAUGACAUCACCCUCCUGAAGCUGUCCUCCCCAGUUCAGAUGUCAUCUCGCAUAUCUCCUGUGUGCCUGGCCUCCUCCAGCACCAGCAUCCCCUCUGGAACUAGAUGUGUCACCACUGGAUGGGGCAGGACUGGCCAGACCUCAAGCCCACGUUUUCUCCAGCAGACUGCCCUGCCCCUGCUCAGCCCCGCUCAGUGCAAGCAGUACUGGGGUAGCAACAGAAUCACUGAUGCCAUGAUCUGUGCUGGUGCAUCUGGAGUGUCCUCCUGUCAGGGUGACUCUGGUGGCCCUCUGGUGUGUGAAAAUGGCGGAGUGUGGUCCCUUGUGGGUAUCGUGUCCUGGGGCACCUCUAACUGCAACGUACGUGCCCCUGCUGUGUAUGCCCGUGUGUCCUACUUGCGCAGAUGGAUUGACCAGACUGUUGCUUCCAACUAAUAUGCACAAAUACAACCUGCAACAUACAUAUGCUUACAUGUUUACCACAGCCUUGUCAUCCUGUGGUGUCUUUUUGAUAAGUGAUGUAUUCUACUUGACAUCAGUACUAGCUGCCGCAAAAACAUUUCUACUGUUUAUUAAUGGCAGUAAUGACUGACAUGUACUGCAAUGUUUGGUGCAUUUGUAAAAA